AUGAUGAGCAAUCCUGCAAAUUACUACACACCUCCAUAUGGAACACCAGCUUAUUCUGGAAUGCCUAAUUAUGGUACUGGUUCUCCUCCGGUUCCAUAUUAUUAUAACGUACAAUUUCCGCAACAACAGGCAACCUCACCACUACAACAACAACAAAAGCCCGAAAAACAACAGAAACCGCAAUAUCCACAUGCUCCACCAAAUCAAAAAAAUAAUGAAAAUAUCUCAUUAUUUAAAUUAUAUGAUAUAGAAAAAAAUCGUUAUAGUACUAUUAUUCGACUUAUAUUUUCAUUUGUCGGUGUACCAUACAAAGAAAAACAUUUCAAACCAAAUGAAUUAUCUAAAAUCAAAGAAAAAAUGCCUUAUCAACAAUUACCUAUUUUACGUGUACAUAAUCAAUUUAAAAUAUUUCAAUUACAUACUAUUAUACGUUAUUUAGCACGAGAAUUCAAUCUAUACGGGAGAAGUAAACAUGAUCAUGUUGUUGUUGAUGAUAUUGUUGAAAUAGCUCGUCAAUUUCAAGAAAAAAUCUUUGAACAAAUUAAUAAUUCAACUAAUUAUGAACAAUCAAUAUUACAAUUUAUAAUUGAUUCAUCAGUAAUUUAUUUAAAGCAACUUGAAGGAUUUUUUGCAAUAUUUGAUCAUCAUGGUCCAUUCUAUUUAGGUUUACAUAUAUCAUUAGCUGAUUUAAUGGUUUAUGAUGUUAUAAGUUAUUUAAUUAAAGUUGAUGGAAAAUUACUUGAUAGUUAUUCUCAUUUAAAAGAAGCACGUCGACAAUUAGAAAAACAUCCAGGAGUAGCAGAUUUUAUUCAAGUAAAAACUCCUGAUCCAAAUAAACCACAUCAUCAUCAUAAAUCACCACAUACACAUCGUCGUCAAACAAAAUCACCAACACCAAAUUCAAACUCUCAACAACAACAACAUCAUCAUCAUCGUCAUCAUCAUCAUCAUCGACGUCGAUCAGUCGAAGGAGGUAAAUCAAAUCAUCAUCAUCAUCAUCAUUACCAUUGUCCAUAUCAUCGUCGAAAAAAUUCAAAAGAACCAACACCAUCUUCACAAACAAAACAACCAUCAAUAAGAUCAUCAAAAUCACCAAGUAUUUUAAUAAACGAAAAAGAAUCAACACCACUUCCAUCAGCAAAACAACAAGUUAUAAGACAAUCAAAAUCACCAAAUCCUUCAAGAAAAGAUAAAGACUUGCCAAAUCCUUUAAGAAAGGAUAAAGAAUCAUCAAAUCCUUCAAGAAAAGAUAAAGAAUCAACACCACUGUCACAUAUUAAACAACGAUUAAUAAGAUCAUCAGCAUCGCCGGGUGCUAAUAAACCAGAAAAAAAGUCAACAACAAUAUCAGCUAAUACUACUUUAGCAAAACCACCAGUUAUACAAGAAGAUGAUUCUGAAUCUAUAACUAAAUAA